AUGGGUUGCUCCCUUGCUGGGUGCCUGGCUUCUCACGCGGUUGGCGUACCAGCUUGGUCGGUGGACUGUCCAACGCACAUCGCGGCCUCCCUUGGACGGCGUCUCGGCCGCGAGUUGCCGUGGCUUCUCCAGACUAUUGACAUCGCCACCGCAUUCGAGGUCAUCAUGGUCGGGCAACGCGCGGCGAAGCCCGCUGUCCUGAACUUAUUGCCGCUUGGUAUGGGCCUGACCUUUGGCCUCCCGGCCCAUCUGCUCGAAAUCAGCCGCUCUGCCGUUGCGUGGUGGUAUCGCUGGUUUGCGCGGGUGAUGGGAGCUGCUGCCAUUCUGAUGAUGAUCUCCGUGACCUUGCAUGCGGUCGUCCGACGGCACUGUCAGGUCGCCAUGAAAAUUCACUACCUUCUGCCGGUGACGGCAAUGGUGGCCCUGUGGUACCAUACGUGGGACCAAGGGCCAGAAUCCCGCUGGCAAGUGGUUGGUACUGGGGCCCUAUGGAUCGUGCUGAGUGUCGUUGCCGUCUCUCAUGCAAUUUUUGUCCAACAAUACUGGAGUGCUGGACGGCCCACCGUAACUAUAUGUCCCUUUCAUGAGCUGCUUCGCAUGGACAUUACAGUCUCCUCCCAUUGGUACAUCCGGUGGGGGCAAAACAUAUAUCUUUGGGUGCCACAUGCGGGAUUUCGCUCGUGCUUCCUACUCCAGCUCUUCUAUGUUGUCUACUGGGAUGACCCGCCCGGACCGCGCAUCCUGCACAUUCAGACCUGGCCACGAGCCUCCAGCCUCAGUACACGACUCUACCUCCGCGAACGGCUAUACCAGCGUCGACAGCCCGCACUCUUUUCUCUGUUUGGGACGAUCGUGUCCAUCGCCGAGGACAUUGGCAUGUUGCAAGUGCUUCCCUAUAUUCGCAUGCUCGUCCAGGCGAGCGAGCAGCGGCGGGUCAUGGUACGCAAGUUGAAAAUCGUGUGGCAAAUGCAAGAUUUUGACCACCAAUGUUGGCUGGGUGAUUGGAUGCAGGACCUUUUGGACCUCGACCUCAGUGAAUUCAAGAUUCUUGAAUUUCAUCUGUAUUACCUUACAAAGGCGACAUCCGUCAACCCGGUGACGGGUUCGGAGAGCGAAUCAAGCUGUGUCAAGGGCCACUGA